AGCAGGAGGGGGACGACGCGGUCAAUAAGUAAUUACGAGGCCGGCCUGUGCAAACCCACGCCCAGUUCUAGAACGCUGCGAUUGACGACGACAACGGCCCUAGUUGCACCGUCGGGAUACGGCUGCUUGGACUCAGGCUCCGUCGCGUCCGGUCAAAUGGCGCUCCGAGCCACACCCACACGCAAACCACCGCCCACCAGCGUCCACGCUGCGCCGCCAUGGCCUGCCGCUGGUAGCCCCGCCUCCCCUUACUUGGGUACUCGUACACACCCUCCCACUGUCGGCGAGCGCCUGCCUGUCGGUGCUGCUACAACACGCCCAAUUCCACCCUGCUGUCCAUAUUACGUGCCUGCUCAACACAAUGAAGCCAUAUUGCGAAUGUUGGACAUGUCGGCCCAAUGGGGUAAUCCGGUGCUUUGCGGCACCCCCUCCACCCAUGCACCUCGACACCUAUCGGUGGAUGACUAGGCAGCCACA